AUGGCCAAAGUCGACUUGACCGAAUACAAUGGCGGCCGCUUGGUCGGCGCCACCAUCGCUCUGCUCGUCCUGAGCUGGAUCACCAUCGGCCUGCGCACAUAUACCCGCGCCGUUAUCAUGAGGAGUUUCCAGUCCGACGAUUGGUUGAUGUUGGUCGCUCAGGUCAUCUUUACAGCCAUGUGCGCAUUCAUCUUGGAAGGUGUGCGCCGGGGUAUGGGAAAACACAAUGCAGCUAUCGGGACGGAUGAUGAUAGAGUUGCUGCCCUCAUGUGGCAAGCCAUAGCUACGAUUGCCUACAUCCUGGCCAUGAUGUUCGUCAAACUCAGCAUCGGUGUCUUUCUUCUUCGACUGUCCGCCAAGAAGGUUUACAGCAUCAUCAUCAAGAUCAGCCUUGUUGUCGUCACCUUAUACACCCUCGGCGUCUUUUUCUGGGAUGUCUUCCAGUGCAUGCCCGUCGCAAAGCAGUGGGAUUACAGAAUCACGGAGGGCCAUUGCGCCAGUGGGCAGGACAUUAUCAAUGCCGCCUACGCUAUCAGCGUCCUCACUGUUGUUUCAGAUUGGUUCUACGCUCUGCUGCCCAUCCCGAUGCUGUGGAACGUCAAGAUGACCAAGCAGGCCAAGGUCACCGUUGUACUCAUCCUGGGUCUUGGUAUCUUCGCCAGUAUUGCUACACUAAUUCGUGUUAAAUUCUUGGCUGGUCUGACGGAGACAGACGAUCUCCUCUUCUCUGCCACUGAUGCCCUGCUUUGGAGUAUGGUGGAGCCUGGUGUGGCCAUCAUCGCCUCGAGUCUCGCCACUAUUCGACCGCUGCUGCGCGUUCUCAAGAUCCGCGGCUUUGAAUCGACGCAUCGCACCCGAUCCACGGGGCUGUCGGCUAAGAAGCAAGGGAAUUCCCUGCCAGGAUACGGACCUAACGACGUAUCGCUGCAUCGUGUCACCGUUGUCGAUUCGGAGAGCCGCAGUGAGGCGCUGGCAUACGACGAGUACCAUCGCCACGCCGCCGGGCUAUCGUCGCAUCCGCCACCGCUAUCGUACAACCAGGACCCAAUGCUGGGAAACAAGGUCAGCAUCUCUGCUGGUGAGAGUAGCAGCAACCCGCAUAACACGCGAGUACGCGGGGACUCGAAGAGUGAGGUGUAUAUUAUUGAGGGAAAGAUGGUGUCUCCUACAUGGAGCCCGCGCGAAUACCCGUCGUCGGACAGGUCGCUGGAGGAUAUCAGCGCCCUGGAAGAGCAAAGCCAAGAUCUUGGUCACAGCACAUCAAAUGGCAAUGGUCGCCGACGAUGA